UUUUACUCACUCCACCAUUGCUGGGUGGAAAUGUCAAAGAGAAAAGCAUAUACUAUCGCUGAGUGGAACUACUAACCAGGAGAGAGAAGGCGAGAUAGAUUAGGUGGUAGUCUGACUCCGCACGCUUCUCCCCUCCCCCUCUCUCCUCUCCUCUCCCUCUCCCCACCCCCCCAAAUCGAAAUCCCCCACCCCAUACUGAGCCAGUGAGCUCCACGCUCCUCCCCCAGCUCGCCCCGGCAUCCCGUCGCCGGGUGGAUCUACCAGGACGCGGGCGCGCGUGCGCGGCUUGAGGAGCAAAGGUGCCUGAUGAGGUAGUUGGGGGCAGCCAAGGAAGCAAAGGUUCUUGUUGUCCACCGGGUGAACUUACUACCUCGUUACAUUCACCAGAUCGAUGCUAUCCAGUGACCACCCUUCAGGCCCCUCGUGCUCCUCCCAGUCUGUGGUUCGGGUUGUGGGUGCUGAUCCAGCGACGUUCCACGCCGCCGACUCUCCGGAGUCGGCACACCAAGAUCCUGCGGAUCUUGUCCAACCGUGUCCCACCUUCUCCAUAAGAGAUUAUGUUUUUGAUUCGAGGAGCAAAGGCAUCAAGAGAAGUUGGCCUUUCCACCCGCAGUCACUGGAACUUUGCUUGAAGCGUGGAGUUAAAGAUCUACUGCCUCCAUUCGAGCCUCCCGAUUUGCUCCGGUCAAGGUCUUUCUAUACUUGCGUAGACUCUGAGCAGUCUGCUGCAUGCCUAGAAGCCGAUGCUUUUGUUGAUUUGGUAAAGGCUAGAGAAGCUGGUUUGACAAAUGUGAAUACAACUGGUAUCAACCUCCAGUCAUGUCAAUCAGCAGAUGAGUCACUUGGUCCAUCUCAAUACACUCCUACAGAGGGUGGGAAGACUGCUACUGACCAAGGUGGAAAUAUAAAUGAAUUAGGCCAUACUAGUAAGGCUAUACAAGCAUAUCAGGAAGAUAAUAUUUGCACCAAAGCAAGUUCGGGGACAGAGGUUGCUCGACCCUAUUUGAAAAGUCUUGGCUCAUCACGUGAGACUUCAGAAAAGAAGGGCAAGUUGCUAGUCAAGUCAGGCUCUAUGACAGAUAUCCGUCAGAGAAAAGAUUUAUCAUACAACUCUAGCUCGGUUUCGAAUCCAAAGGCUUCAAAUACCUGUCCUGUUUGCAAAGUCUUCUCUUCUCCAUCAAAUACCACUUUGAAUGCACACAUAGAUCAGUGCCUUUAUGCUGUGUCUAAUGCCGAGCCAGUAGUAGAGACGGUUAUUGUGAAGCCAAAAGUGAAGCAGAGGAAGAUGCAACUGAUGGUGGACAUUUACAAGACAGCCCUUCCAUACACUCUUGAUGACCUUGAUCGGAGGAAUGGGACUAACUGGGCUAUCGAUUUGUCUGUGCCAGCUGUGAACAAGGUGCUUUGCACUAAGAACCGUAGCCCACGAGUGGUACCAUCUGAAGCAAAAGAUAGUGAAAGAGAUAGUGAUGUCUAUGUUGAUUCAAAUGGCAUAAAAAUCAGAAUUUUAUCCAAGCCUAUCGGUGCACCCUUGGUCUUGGGCAAUGAUGGUUUAAAGCAAGUUGAAAAGCACCAGACUGGAAAGAGUACAUUGAUGAAAAAGACAUCCUUGGAAUCUAAAUCAUUUAGGAAUAAAAAGUUCAAGGUACAUGGAAAGAAGUGCAACCGACUAAACCAUUUGAAAUCUCAGGUUGAAUUAUACCCAGAUGGGGAUAUCCAUGCUGACACCUCUGAGGAGGAGCUGGCCAUGCAUACACAGAAACCUACUGAAAGCAGCAGUUGUGGUCGUUCGGGAACUAUAAGGCAAUGGGUGUGCUCCAAACGUUCGGGUAUCACUAACAAUUUGAGCAGAAAGUCAAAUAAUAUAUUGUCAGAUAGCAUGAAACCUGGAACAAAGAAAUUGGCUAGGAGCCGCAUGAUUGGUGGCUUUGAUGAUCCUCAAAUUACAGGAAGUUAUACUGAGGCAUUUUCUUCACGGUCAACAGAAGAGACAGCCACCACUUUGGAAGUCAAUGAAAAUGAUGAUCAUGAAAAGGGUUCUUCAAGAUUAUUCAGAUCAAUUCCCAGAUGGUCAUCAGAAAAUCCUUCAUCCAGCAGUGCCUUCCCAAAAGUACCUAGAUCAGCUGCUACUCUUGCGAAGAGAAAAAUUAAGGAGAUUGGAAGAAGAGAAGCUUCUAGGUCUGAUAAGUAUGAUACAGUGAGGAAUUCCACCUCGACAAAAUGCUCUGAACCUUGUCUUUCUGUUUCCAUUAGAGGUCUGAGUAAUGACUCAAAGAGGACAGUGUCUACUUCUAAGGUGUUAAGAAAGCACAGAUCUGUAUCGAGGACUCGCAAGCGUGACUUUUCACCUUCUAUUAGUGGGCUAGUCAAUGAUUUUGGUCAAGAGCAUGAACUUGAUCACAGACAUGUAAACAAUACCUUCAGCGUUACUAAUAAUGGCACAUCCGAUAAGGUUGUAAAGCAUACCCAAGAAGAUACCACAGAUAAUGAUAUCUCUUAUGGAACUGACAUGCCGGCAUUGGGGCAAGGGGAUCAUCAGCAUGAUGUGACACAACAAACAACAAGUACGCAUAUGGAUUCUGAAGGUGAAGAACAUGCAACUCAAAUGCAAUGUACCUCGGUCUCCAGAAAUACUCACGAGGACUGUUGCAGUGCAAUAAGUAGUGGUUCUUUGAGUCUUGAAAAUAGCAAAACUGUGCCCAAAGGAAGUUCAUCAAUGCAGGAUCAAUGCUCCACUAAGCAAUUCACACAUCAUACUCAUGUGUCAAACAUUGUUACCAAUAAUGAGAUGGAGGAAUGUCAGGUAGACCCAGCUUCAACUAAGGAAUCUAGCACCUGCUUAACUAAUAACAGGGAAAUGGGUCUUGCAACUCCUCGGGAUAACUCGUCAAUAACGUCGAACAGAGAAGACUCUAACCAAGAUCAUGUUUUUUUGGCAUUUGGUCGGGACUCAUCAGACUCUCCUAUUUCGGUUGCCUCAACUAUGUCUUCUCCAGUUGCUUUGAAUGGUUCAAGAAAUGAAGAGUCAGGACCAGGCCAAUCGACCGUAAAUGUUAGGACACUUGAAAAGAGCAUGUCUGGGAGCUCAAAUCAGGAGACGAAGUCGAUGCCUCCAGCAAGAGAAGGUGAACAGUUGGCUAAGGAGAAGUUGUAUUGCUGCUCUUGUCGUGAGAGCAUCUCCAGGGAGCCUCACUUAGACCAUGAAAGUUCAACAGCCAGAUCAGACACUUUUGCUAGAAAACAAGUUCCACAAUUGCACAUGGGUUUACGGACAUCAUCAUCUUUCAGCACAUACCAAAGAACAGACACAAAUUCAAACCCUUACUUAGAUUCACAUGGUGAGCUAUUAACUGGCAAAGUUAUAACUGAAUCUUCCAUGAGCUCCCUGUCUUAUGCGACAGAUUGUAUCAGACCAGCAUUGCAAACUCAACUUCCAUCGCCGCCAAGUCCUAUGUUGAGACUGAUGGGCAAGAACUUGAUGGUGAUGAACAGCCAGGAGAGUGGGCGUCCUCAAGCUCCAAAGCCAGACUACAUGCUGGGAGGGAAUUACAUGCCACCUGCUAGUUUUGUGCCUCCAGACUACCAACAUAGUCAUUCUGCAUUCAUCGACAGAACUCCAUCAGCAAGGAGUCACCAGAUUCCUCUUCCAAGUGUUCAAGCUGGCAACUUUGUUGGGCCUCCAAUGCAUGGUGGUUUCAUGGUGCAAUCUAAUCAUCAUUCUCUGCAGAAACCAUACAGGAACCCUGCUCCAGUCAUGCAUCACCCUACCUACAUGAUGAAAGAGGUUAUCAUGAUUAAUGACGAUCCUCCUGAAUGCAGAAGUGAGCCACAAGUCAGUAUGCAUCCUCCCACUGGAACCUAUCCAACAUCAAUCUCCGUCCCAAACAAUUUUGGGCCCAGGCCAUUUUACUGCCAUCCACCGCCGAUGCAAAUUUUGCCAAGGGAGAAUUUUGCUGGAUCAAUGCCUGUUUUCCCAAUGUUUGGUGCUCAAAGGCAGCAAGUCAGAUAUAGCCAAUCCUUACAUCUCACCCCGUCUCGCGUCCAGCCUCCACAAGGUUACAUAAACCCACAUGUUUACUAUCCGCAGGAUUUACGGUGACUACUCAGUAACCCAAAUGACCAAGAGAACUUGAAAAUGAGAUUUGUGAUGGGUCUAAAAUACUGGGAUCAGUGAUGAACCCGUCUUAAGAUGCCUGACUCUCAACAGGAAUUUUUUUUCCACAUAGAUUUGCUUUCUUUAGUUGUCUUUUCAGGUACACAUAUUUGCCCUCAAAGUGUUUUAAUUACAUUCUGCAAAGUUGCAGUACAUUAUAGCAUGGUAUUUUUUCAAAUAGUGACCAAGCAUACAUUUCACUAUUUAUCAAAUAAGCCAAUAAUAUUACAAUUA